ACGUAAUCAUAGAGCAAUUUACUACCAGUAAUAAUUGGUGAUACUGCUACACAUAACUGAUACUCACACUACUCAUUAGUCAUACAAUUAGUGAGUGAUACUUUUAAUUUUACUCAUACUUAUACUCAUACUAAGACAAUGGAUCGUCCUAUCUUAGGCAGGGAAAGACUCCCUUCGCGACUUGAUAUCUUAUCUAAUGGAUUGAAACUUGAUGUUAGAGCUCAUCAGAGAACUUACGAAGGUGCUUAUACUCGUUCAGCUAUAGGAUGUUUAUCAUUUUCCAUCUUAAUUAUUAAAUUAUUUUCCAAAGAAUUUCUCCCUGUUGGUACCAUAUAUACAGUGUAUGGAUCACUAUUAUACUUUAUAGGAGUUCAUAAAGCUGCCGGAGUAGAUACUUAUUAUAACCCUCAUAAAGAUAUGGAAAUUUUUAAAACUAGUGGUGAUACCAUUGUACUUUUAACAAUUAUUAGUUUAUCAGCUUAUAUAGCUGUACUAGUAUUAAUACUACGAAUGUGAACCAGCU